CCCAUCCUGGUGUUUUGGAGUUAGAACCAACUACUGUCCAAACAAUGAAUCAGAAAAACUUCAUGUGGCAUCAAGAUGGCCCCAGAGAUGCUUCCCACAGAGAGAGGCCAGGGAGCAGUUGGACUAAAAGUACUUCUGGCUGCUUGAGGAUAUGGGACAGAGAGACGUGUACAGAGCCUCUCUCUCUCAUCCAUUCACCAGGAACCACUAAUGGCUACCUUGGGCCAGAGUCACAUGGAAAUUAUAUGUACUCAUCCAAAUGGCCAGAAAAGAGAGUUCCUUAUCGUCAGAAUUAAAGUCUUCUAAACUAAUUGAUUAUGAGCAACUAGAAAAGUUGUGUGAAAUCAAAGGCCUUAAAGCUGGAAAAGGUGCUCAGAGCACCAAAGAAGCACACGAAAACUUCAUGAAACAUUAUAAAAAAAUAUUUCAGAAAGAAAAGAGGAUCUUGCCUUACCUCCCAACAUCUCCAGCCAAAAUGGCAUCCUUUGCACGUCCUGGAGCUGGUCCCAUGGAUGACAACUUUCACAAUAUUGGCUUUUAUAUUAGAGACAUUCAUUGCCAAACAUCUGCAGAGCUUGCACUCCAGUUCAAGGACAAGUUGGAAGAAUUCAUUACUGUCUUGAAGAAACUCCCCAUUCACAGGAGUCAUGCAGAACGUCGCUUUGUAUAUAAGAUGAUGAAAACCAUGCCUGAUUUAUCUUCUCAGUUGACACGUGGCGACUUCAAGGCGCUCAGUCAAAAUAUCACUUCUGAAACCUGGGUGAAAGGCACCACAGUAAUUGCAAAUGAAGGUUUUUAUAUCAUAUUGAAAGGUUCUGUCCAACCACGGAGCAAAGUAUACAAAAAAAUGAUUGAGUUAGUGCCUGCAGAUUUUUUAAGUGAGCCAUCCUCAGAAUAUUUGUCUGAAGAAGAAUUUUUCCAGGAGAAUCCACUUGCAGAAUAUCAUUCUUUUGUGUACCCACACUACAUAAUACUUGGUCCCUGGAAUGGCUUUGGUACACUAAUAGAGUUACCUGAACCUAAGUUGGGUUCAAACUUGUACUCUCUUAUCAUGGAAGAGGAUUGUGAACUUCUUAAAAUCAAUGCAAAGGAGUAUGCCAAGAUUAAAGAGGAACAAGUUAAAAUGGAAAAACUUACAAGGGAGCAGCUAAUCCAUAAGUGCCCCUAUUAUCGAAAUUGGCCUAAGCUUUCUGUAGAUGAGUUAACUGUCCACAUUAAAUGGAGGCGAUACCCUCCAGGACAUGUAUUGGUGAAAGAUGGAGAGAUCAUCUCAUUUGUGGCUUACAUCCAAUCUGGAUUUUGUAAAGUCUAUAGAGAAGUUAUUGGGCUUAUGAAAUAUCAACUUAGGAAAAUGAAAAAAAAGCGCAGACGUGUUUUUAUGGGGAAACUUCAGGAGAAGGAAUCCUUUGGUGAGAUCAGCGUGCUUCUUCAAAUACCUUUCACAUGCACAAUCAUUACUGGAUCUGAAGUUGAACUGGGAAUCAUCAAUGCUGAGGAUAUGCUAGAAUUAGACUGGGUGACCCGGAAACUGGUGCUUCAAACAGCUGAGCAAACUUUUGGCUAUCUCACAGAUCUAUCUGUUACUAUCAGCACUUUUCAGAAGGUGGCUGACACAAGAUUUCUCUGCAGAACUGAGAUGAUGAUGAUAAUGAUGAUGAUGAUGAUGACAGUGACAGCGGUGGUGUUGGUGAUGAUGACAAUGACUAUUCAUAUGUAUAUAGCACUUUGUGGUUUAAAAAUGCUUUCCACUCAACUGGUUUGUGAACGAGAUAGUGCAAGUAUCAUAUUUCAUUUCUUAGAACACAGAACUGAGUCUUCAAGAAGAAAAGUGACUUUCCUGAGAUCUCACAAAGAGUAAACAGCAGGUCUGGACUUGAACCCAGCUCUUUUUACUCCAAGUCUAAUGCCUGUAUUUUAUUUGAAAUAA